AUGGGUAGGUGCGCAGCUAAAUAUUGCUCGGAUUUGAUCACGAUUGAUAAUCUAGGUCAUCGCGUACCGAAGCAGCCGAAUCGUCUAGUUAAAUUAAGGCGCUACAAGAAGAAUGACACUACACCAAUGAAAGAAAUAACUAAAGACCACAAAGUGUCCAGAGAGCACCUCGACGAGAA